GUUGAAAACCAUCACAGCCUGAGGCAUCCACUCCUUUAUCUCAAAAGCAAUUGUCAUGUGCUACGCACAUUCACUUGUGGCAGCAUAUUCCGCGAUUCCGACUUCAGGGUCUCUGCACGACCCUGCAUAGGCCUCCACUGCACGACAUUACGUAUACCUGAAUUAUUACGUCAUAACUACAAUCCAUCGCUCAGUCAUUGGUGUCGAACGAAGGAGCCAUGUGUUUCCACAAUUACACCUCCCAUAACGGAUGCGGGCACAUCGGCGAGUCGCACACACAUCCAUGGACACUUUGCAACACUGCGAUCCAACGCCUGAGUGGUUUUCGAGGACCUGGCUCUCCGCCUCUCUCACCUCCCGCAACGAGCUUCGCACCACCAAAGCGUACACCAUCAACACGACGUUUCUUUUCGCUAAGUGGAACAUUAUCUCGCUCCUCGACAAGUGCAUCAUCAACAUCUCGACGCGCUGCUUCUGGACCAUCGGGCCCGGUCACGCCACGUGACUCUACACCGAGCUAUGGGUCAUACACUCCAACCGCGGCACUAGAUUACUCGACGCUCCCAGACCACCAACUCGUCGCUGUGCGCUGUGCCGACCCAACGAAGCGCACGCAUGUGAGCAGAGAAAUGAAUGUGUGUAAAUCUUGUACUAAAGGAAUCAAUGACAUGCGAUCCAUGAUCGCCCGCUACGACAAGACUGGCAGUGUCAGGGGUACAAGUGCUUUUGAGAAGUUCCUUAAGUGGGAAGGAGAGGGGGCAGGGGAUGCAGAAGGCGAUCUUACUGUGCCCGUAGACGAUGAAGAGCCUGGCGCAGCUUAUGGCGCGAGGCAGGCUAUUGUCAUGGGUUUCCCAGAGAGCGCCAUGAAUGCGAAUGGCCCAAGAGGGUUGGGGACGCUCGAACGGGAUGGAAAUGACCAAUAUUUCAUAGGUCAUGGGGAGCGGUAUUGAAUCAAAUCAGCCAUGUAGAAUGGGAGCGCGUAGUAGGCAAGGCAGCGAUUACGAAGUAUUGCCAUGUUUGAAAGGGGACUUACGUGGGUCUAUGCGAG